GAUGAUUGAGGAAAGCGGCAACAAGCGGAAGACCAUGGCAGAGAAGCGGCAGCUGUUCAUAGAGAUGCGUGCUCAGAAUUUUGAUGUCAUACGACUAUCAACUUACAGAACAGCUUGCAAACUACGAUUUGUGCAAAAGCGAUGCAACCUCCAUCUUGUUGAUAUCUGGAACAUGAUUGAAGCCUUCCGAGACAAUGGCCUUAAUACGCUGGACCACGCCGCUGAGAUCAGUGUGUCCCGCCUCGAAACCGUCAUCUCGUCGGUCUACUACCAGCUGACCAAGCGCCUGCCUUCAACUCACCAGAUCAGCGUGGAGCAGUCCGUCAGCCUCCUCCUCAACUUCAUGAUUGCUGCAUAUGACAGCGAGGGCCGAGGCAAGUUGACCGUAUUUUCAGUUAAAGCUAUGUUAGCAACCAUGUGUGGUGGAAAAAUGCUGGACAAAUUGAGAUAUGUUUUCUCCCAGAUGUCAGACUCCAAUGGCUUAAUGAUAUUUAGCAAGUUUGACCAGUUUCUGAAGGAAGUUCUGAAGCUCCCGACAGCUGUCUUCGAAGGGCCGUCCUUUGGGUACACAGAGCACUCAGUGCGCACCUGUUUUCCGCAGCAGAAAAAGAUAAUGCUAAAUAUGUUUUUAGACACAAUGAUGGCCGAUCGUCCCCCCCAGUGCCUUGUCUGGCUACCUCUCAUUCAUAGGCUUGCCCAUGUCGAGAAUGUCUUCCAUCCCGUCGAGUGCUCCUACUGCCGGUGUGAGAGUAUGAUGGGCUUCCGGUACCGGUGCCAGCAGUGCCACAACUACCAGCUCUGCCAAAACUGCUUUUGGCGUGGCCAUGCCAGCGGCCCUCACAGCAACCAACACCAGAUGAAGGAGCAUUCCUCUUGGAAAUCCCCUGCAAAGAAGCUGAGCCACGCAAUUAGUAAAUCUUUGGGGUGUGUCCCCACCAGAGAGCCCCCGCAUCCUGUUUUUCCUGAGCAGCCAGAGAAACCACUUGACCUUGCAAAUAUAGUUCCUCCUCGUCCUCUGGCUAACAUGAACGACACCAUGGUGAGCCACCUGUCCUCUGGGGCGCCCACCCCCACCAAGAGGUUACAGUAUAGCCAGGACACACCCAGUCACUUGGCCGAUGAGCAUGCGCUGAUCGCCUCCUAUGUGGCCCGGCUGCAGCACUGUGCACGUGUCCUGGACAGUCCUAGCCGGCUGGAUGAGGAGCACCGGCUGAUAGCUCGCUAUGCCGCCCGGCUGGCUGCGGAAGCAGGCAACAUGCCCCGUCCUCCCACUGAUCUGAGCUUUAACUUUGAUGCCAACAAACAACAAAGACAGCUUAUUGCAGAACUGGAAAACAAAAACAGGGAGAUCCUGCAAGAGAUUCAGCGCCUCCGCCUGGAGCACGAGCAGGCCUCCCAGCCCACCCCCGAGAAGGCCCAGCAGAACCCCACUUUGCUGGCAGAGCUGCGGCUGCUGAGGCAGAGGAAAGAUGAGCUGGAGCAGAGGAUGUCGGCGCUGCAGGAGAGCAGGCGUGAGCUGAUGGUUCAGCUGGAGGGGCUGAUGAAGCUGCUGAAGGCUCAGGCCACAGGAUCACCACAUACGUCCCCCACCCACGGAGGCGGCCACCCCAUGCCCAUGCCUGUCCGCUCACCGUCUUCUGGCUCCACCCCGACCCACUGUCCACAGGAUGCCCUGAGCGGAGUCGGGGGGGACAUGCAGGAGGCCUUCGCACAAGGUACGAGGAGAAACCUCCGCAGUGACCUGCUGGUGGCCGCUGAUUCCAUCACCAACACCAUGUCAUCCCUGGUGAAGGAGCUCCACUCAGGUGAAGCCCAGAGCUCCUCCGGGACAGAGAGGACGCGUGGGUCCUCCCCCAGAGGCACAUUCCUGUCCAUCUUCCGGCUGCACACCUGGGCCAGGCCUGCAGGCUGGCGGACGUCACUGCCUGGCAGGGAGAGGGGAGCCCGAGCCCGUGGGAAGUGGGAGGGACUGCCUGGUGCCGCUGCCGCUGGUGGGCCUCCCCCUUGCUCAGUCCUGCAUGAACUAGCAUCUUCCUCACUCCCCUCGGGCCAUGGUCUCAUCUCGGCAACAGGAAUUUACCAGGAGGUUGAAAAGAGAAAAGAAACAGCGCGAAUCUCCUGUGUGUGUGACCUGAUGGAGUUCUUGCUGGCAUCUUGCCGACGCACGGCGUGCUCCCUAGGGUGGGGGCACAAGUUUCCUUACCACCUUUGACCUUUAAAAACCAACAGGUUUUCUUCCCUGUAUCGUGCAAAGACAGCUUCAGGCUUUGCUGAGUUUUACAGACAUUCACACCCUGGCCACAGUGCUAAAAAUAGCCGCCUUCCUUUCUCUCGUACUGGUUAGCUAGGCUUCCGCCCGGGUAGCCUGGGCGGGAAGGGGGAGCACAGAGCUCUGCACUGCAGCCCGGAGAGGAUCCAGUGCAGCAAAGCCGGAGGCCUGCUGGCCAGGGAGCACUGGCCCCCGGGCUCCGUGCUCUCGCCACCUCCCCCUUCUCAGGGUUCCAUUCUGCUCUGGCACACAUGAUAAUCAAUCCCAA